AUGAACAAAUUUAGUUUAAUUUUUCUAGAUUAAGGAUCUGAGAAAGAAUAUUAAGAAAAGAAAAUUAAUUAGCUAAGAAAACCAAUCUAUACCUUUAGUGCUGUUGGAUUGUUUUUUAUCAGCAUGAUAAAAAUGAUUACAGAAAUUUUAGAAAACAACUUGAAUCAUUUAAGCAUAAUAAUUGUUACUUAAAUUUAUCUCAUAUUAUCUAUUUUCAUUAUAAAGUGGAAACCUUCAUUAGUAUAAUGUUGUUUAAUGAUUUUAAACUAUUUACUAGUUGCAUAUUAAUAUAUGUUAACUAGCACAAUAUCGUAGGAAGCUCAUCAAUUAUUUGCUAAUAAUUUUGUUGCUUGUAACUUUGUUAUCAUUUUGGCAGUAGAUUAGUGUCAAGGAAUAUUCCUUGUAACCACAACAAUGUUAUUAAGAUUGAGUUUUGCAAUAUUUGAUGCUACAACACCAUAAUAUAAUGUUUAUUUUGCUACAAUUUUACUUAUAUGUUUUUUAAGUUUUUAUAUUCGAAAAAUAAACUACGAGAGUAGAAGUUUUUUCUUAUUGAGUUUAAAAGAUAAUUUGAUGGAAUAAAUUUUACCAAUUAUUGUAAAUAAAUCAUAUAUUUUAUUUCAAUUUGAAAGUAAUCAUUUAAGAUUUUCAUUAAUAUCAUCUCGCUAAUUAGGAUUUAAUUGUGAGAAUUCAGAAAAUUUAAAAUAGUUUUUAAGAGAAUGGAAUUAUAAAUAGUAGAAUCUUGAAUAAUUUUGUUUUUUAGAAAUUAAAAGAAAGCAAUCUUAAGAAAUUAAAUCUUAUAGCAAAUAAAUUGAAAUUAAAAAAGGGCCAAAAUAGACACAAAUGAUAACAAUUUGCUUUUUUAGUUAUUAAUAGCCUACAUUUUUAAUAAAAUUUGAGAAUUAUUCUUAGGCUUAAGAGAAAUUAAAAAUUUUUUUAAAUAAGACAAUUGAAAAAGAGAGACAAAUACAAUUCAAGAUUUUUAAAUGUAUUGUAAAUAAUUUGUCUAUUUCGUUAAAAUCAACUAAUUUAAAUCAAUUACAUUUGUUAAGAAUUUGUUGCUUCAAAUAAAUUUUAAAUUAUAAAAUCUUAAAUAAUUAGUUCAAAUAAUAAUAUUUUGAAAUUUAUCCAAUUUUUAUAAAAUUGAAAGAGUUAUUCUAAUUUAAAUAAGUAAAUUAUUAAAUAAUCCCCUAAUCAGAAGGGAAGGUAUUAAUGGUUCGAACUUAUUUUAUGAGAUUAGUUUUUGAUAUUUUCAGUCAAAGUAAGGAAAAUUCAACAAUAGUAAUCAAUUUUGAGCAUAUUAAUUAACCAUAUAUAAGAUAUUUUGGAAAAGAUAUAAAUGAAUUUACAGAUACUGCUAUUUUAACAGUAGUAAGAACUUUGGUAAAGAAGAAGCAGAAGUUGAAAACUGGAAAUCAAACAAUAAUUUUAAUAUUAUUAAAUGAAGAGCCAAACUACCCAUUUUAAUGUUCACUCUAAUAAUGA